UGGGGAAUGGAGUGAGCGUUAUGAACUCUAGAUGGCGCUCUGCGCGUGAACGUCUGAUCGCGGCUGCUCAAUGGGGGAGAAGAAGACGGGAACAUGUACAAGGUUGGAGGGGUUGCAGGAGUCACUGGCACUCUGGGAUUGAUCUCAGCCUCUGUUCUGGCCGCCUCCGCUACCGCCGAUGACAAACCCAGAACAACUCUGAGUGUAGAGGAGCUGUCUCUCUACACGACACCGCAGCAGAAGAUCCAGUAUGUGGAGCCUGAGAAAGGGUCGGUGGAAGAGGGCGUUUCCACACUGAGAAAACUAGCAGAGCCUUAUACCACCUGGUGCCAGCAAACGGCCAGUUCGGCCAAACAGACAGUCCAGGGUGUCUAUGGUACGGUGAAACCCAAGGUUGACAGCACUGUACAGUUUGGGCAGAACAGUUAUGCUUACUUGAAGAACCCUCCGCCUGAGUUUUACCCCAGAGCUGGAAUCAUCGGCUUCGCUGGGAUCCUGGGCCUUUUCCUUGGAAGAGGCUCCAGGCUGAAAAGACUGAUCUACCCUACUGGUCUAAUGGCUGUGGGAGCGUCCAUGUAUUAUCCUCAAGAGGCAGUGACCAUCGCAAAGAAAACAGGAGACUCCAUAUAUGACUUAGCACUUCAGGCUUAUGUUACUGUGGAGAAGCUCAUCAAAGACAAACCAGCCUCAAAGAGUCAGCAGAAGGUGAGUUUGUCUCACAUUUAUAAUACGGUAUACAUUUUUACAUUAGUUCAUGCAUUCCCUGGGAAUCAAACCCAUGACCUUUGUGUUUCUAGCACCAUGCUGUUUGAGCUACAGAUACAGCAGAUGUUGUGUUUGGAAACACACGGAGCUCUAACUUCACUUUGUGUUUUAAUAGGAUCAAGCGGAAACGAGUUCCAGCGGGGAGACCAAAGCUUAGGUACAUCAUCACGUCUCAGGUUGUGAUACGGCUGAUGUGGGAUCUCCAUCAUUCGCUCACUAUCAUGACCUGCUUUUGCACUAGCCACUUCCUCUUUUCAAUCAGGGAGGAGUUAGUGGUCUGUCUGGAAAGUUUUUAACUUGAUAAAUUACUGGGAUUGUGUUAAAAAUUCACUGGCGUAUCAAAAUAAAUUAUAUAUACAGUGA